GCAGCCCGUUGCAGCCGGUUGGAAUUUCGACGUUGUCACCUUGCAAGCUUUGUCUCCUUCGGCUCGGACUCCGCGGCCAGGACGAUGAGACACUCGAAGAGAACUUACUGCGCGGACUGGGACGAGAAGGACUGGGACUGUGCCAGGUGGAGGAGCAGCGGCAGUCACAAGAGGAGGAGGAGGUCGCGCAGCAGCGCCCGCGAGAACAAGCGCUGCAAGUACGAUGCCUCCAAAACUUCGGACAGCCAUUAUUUGGAAAGCAGAUCCAUAAAUGAGAAAGAUUAUUAUAGUCGACGCUACGUGGAUGAAUAUAGAAAUGACUACAAUCAAGGGUGUGAAUCUGGGCAUCGCCAUAGGGACCAUGAAAGCAGAUACCAGAACCAUAGUAGCAAGUCCUCUGGUAGAAGUGGAAGAAGUAGUUAUAAAAGCAGGCACAGGAUUCACCACAGCACCUCUCAUCAUCGUUCACAUGGGAAGAGUCACCGAAGGAAAAGAACCAGGAGUGUAGAGGAUGAUGAGGAGGGUCACCUGAUCUGUCAGAGUGGAGACGUACUAAGUGCAAGAUAUGAAAUUGUUAAUACUUUAGGUGAAGGAGCUUUUGGAAAAGUCGUGGAAUGCAUUGAUCGUAAAGCGGGAGGUAGACAUGUAGCAGUAAAAAUAGUUAAAAAUGUGGAUAGAUACUGUGAAGCUGCUCGCUCAGAAAUACAAGUUCUGGAACACUUAAAUACAACAGACCCCAACAGUACAUUCCGCUGUGUCCAGAUGUUGGAGUGGUUUGAGCAUCGUGGUCACAUUUGUAUUGUGUUUGAGCUACUAGGACUUAGUACGUAUGACUUUAUUAAGGAAAAUGGUUUUCUGCCAUUUCGACUGGAUCAUAUCAGGAAGAUGGCAUAUCAGAUAUGCAAGUCUGUGAAUUUUUUGCACAGUAAUAAAUUGACUCACACAGACUUAAAACCUGAAAACAUUUUAUUUGUGCAAUCUGACUACACAGAGGCAUACAAUCCCAAAAUGAAACGUGAUGAACGUACCCUAAUAAAUCCAGAUAUUAAAGUUGUAGACUUCGGAAGUGCAACAUAUGAUGAUGAACAUCACAGUACAUUGGUAUCUACAAGACAUUAUAGGGCACCUGAAGUUAUUUUAGCCUUAGGUUGGUCCCAGCCAUGUGAUGUCUGGAGUAUAGGAUGUAUUCUUAUUGAAUACUACCUUGGGUUUACAGUAUUUCCAACACAUGAUAGUAAGGAGCACUUAGCAAUGAUGGAAAGGAUUCUUGGACCUUUACCAAAACAUAUGAUACAGAAAACCAGGAAACGUAAAUAUUUCCAUCAUGAUAGAUUGGACUGGGAUGAAAACAGUUCUGCUGGCAGAUAUGUUUCAAGGCGCUGUAAACCUCUGAAGGAAUUUAUGCUUUCUCAGGAUGAUGAACAUGAGCUUCUCUUUGACCUCAUUCAGAAAAUGCUAGAGUAUGAACCAGCUAAAAGGAUUACUCUCAAAGAAGCCUUAAAGCAUCCUUUCUUUUAUCCUCUAAAAAAAAAUACAUAGAUCUCUAAUUGUACAACUCUGAAAUUUUGUAGACUGCAUCAGUCUAAUUUUUAAAUAUUAAGUUAUUUUGUACAGCUUUUGUAAAUUUCUUAAAUAUUUGCAUUGCCAUGUUUAUUUUGUUUGGAUAGUUUAAGUAUAUAGCCAAGUAAAAUGAACAUCUUUUUUCAGUGAUUUCUGUAUAAAAUGAUUACUUCAGAAUAAAUUUUUGUUUAUGAAAUUGUA